AUGGACCCGCAGGACGCGGAGGCCGCGCGCGUCAUCGACGGCUACGCCCGGGGCUUCAUGGUCUCCCAGGUGCUGUUCGCGGCGUGCGAGCUGGGCGUGUUCGACGCGCUGGCCGCCGCCCCGGGGCCCCUGUCGGCCGAGGCCCUGGCCGCCCGGCUGGGCUGCAGCGCGUCGGGCACCGGGCGGCUGCUGGCGGCCUGCGCGGCCCUGGGGCUCCUGGACUGGGACCCGGACGCCGGCGCGUUCGCGUGCACCCCGCUGUCGGCCGCGUACCUGACGUCGGGGUCGCCCCGCUCCCAGCGCCCGAUGCUGCUCUACCUGAGCCGCAGCCCCUACGCCCUCUGGGCCCAGCUGCCCCACGCCGUCAGGGAAGGCCGCAACCAGCACCUGCGGGCCUUCGGGACGCCGGCCCACGACCUCUUCGCCGCCAUCUACCGGGCGGAGGACGAGCGCCUGUCCUUCCUGCGCGCCCUGCGGGCCACGUGGCGGCUGGAGGGGCGCGCGGUGCUCACGGCCUUCGACCUCUCGCCCUUCCGCGUCGUCUGCGACCUGGGCGGCGGGUCGGGCGCGCUGGCGCGGGCCUGCGCCUCGGUUUACCCCGGCUGCACGGUCACCGUGUUCGAGGCCCCCGGCGUGGUGCGCGCGGCCCGGGCGCUGCGGGCCGAGGAGGCCGAGGCCGAGGACGUCGAGCGCCGCGUGGCCUUCCGGGAGGGCGACUUCUUCCGCGACCCCCUGCCCGAGGCCGACCUCUACGUCCUGGCGCGCGUGCUGCACGACUGGGACGACGCGCGGUGCCUGCGGCUGCUCACGCGCGUGCGGCGGGCGUGCCGGCCGGGCGGCGGGGCGCUGGUGGUGGAGGCGCGGCUGGACGAGGGCGGGCGCGGCCCCCUCCCCGCGCUGCUGGCCUCGCUGACGAUGCUGCUGCAGACCGAGGGCCGCGAGCGCCCGGCCUCCGACCUCCGCGCCCUCUGCGCCCGCGCCGGCUUCCGCCGCGCCCGCGACGCGCCGGGGGGCGGGGCCUACGGGGCCGUGCUCGCCCUCAAGUGA